AUGGAUGUACGAUCAGAAACGAUUGUUACGCAUAAUAAUUAUUAUCCUUAUGAGACAGCUCAGAUAUUAGAAAAGUCAGUUACUCCUGUUACAAUAUAUGAUGCUAUUUGUUUUACCAAAAAAGCAUGGGGAAGUGUAACAUCAACAGUAAUAAAAAAUUGCUGGAAACAUACUGGAAUUUUACCUGAAAAUUUAGAAUUUUUGAAUAAUGUUGAAGUUGAGGUUGAAGUUGAUAUUGAACAAGAGAAUCAUGAAGUUCAAGAUUUAAUUAACCAACUUCCAUUUGAUGAUUCACUUUUAGCAGAUGAGUAUUUAAAUAUUGAGAAUAACAUGGUUGCAGGCGAAUUAGUAAUGGAAGACGAGGAUAUUGUUGCAUUAAUUCAACCAACAGAAAUAGAAAUAGAUGAGCAACAGGAUGAAAUCUUUAUUCCAAGUGAUUUUGAUGUAUGCGAAGAUGAAUUAAAAUGUAUUUGUACUCUUAGAAAAAAAUUAUUAAGUCAUAAGGUUAAUAGUUCCGUGCAACAAUCUUUAGAUAAAUAUUUUUGUUUAGAAUAA